GCCGUAGGCGCGCGCCCCCGCAACCCGAAUUGACUAUAGCUAUUCCCCAGCAAAAAGCCGUCGAGCGCCUCUCACGCGGCGCACGCGUUUUCGGGCAGCCUCGUCUCGUCGCGCCAGCCCCCAAGUGCGACGGUCCGCAGUCGUCCACACACCGCCGUGCGGGCGGAUGCAGCCCCCCGUGCGCCACCCAUAUUUGCGGGCCGAGUAAAGCGAAGGCUCAAGACACAUAGUCCGCGGCGAGCGCCGGGCCGUGUAGAAUGAGGCGCCUGCUGCCCCUCGGCGCCGCGGCCGCGGCCGCGGCCCAGGUCACGCUCUGGCGCAACUGCCACGGCCCCGUCGCGGCCUACGCGGGCGCCUGGCUCGCGCGGCGCGACCUCUUCCAGGAGACGGCCUUCGGCGACUCGCUGGGCAUGGAGUACCACGACUACAACGUCUACCACCAGGGGGGCAACGGGCGGCCGCGCGUGGCGCUGAAGAGCGCGCGGGCGACGGACUUCUACGUCGAGCACCUGUCGGAGUACGAGCACGCGGUGCGCCGCCGCGCGCGCGACCCGGAGGUCCUCAUGCGGAGGCAGGCCGAGGACGCCGCGCGGGCCUGCGACGAGCCGCGCGCCGCCGCCGACUACCCGGCGGGCGCGGCGCCGCCGCUCGUGCUCAUUCCCUUCUGGGGCGGCCUGCCCCAGAAGGGCGGCAACGCCCACUCCAAGGUGUCCGUGGAGGAGAAGCUCCUGCAGCUCCGGGGCGUGGCGUGCUCCGUGCGCAACACCUUCCCCGGCGCGGCGCUCGUCGUCGGCGUCGCGUCGGCGGCCGACGAGGCGUACGUCGCGGGCGCGGUCAACGCCUCGGAGGUCCUGCGCCUCGACGUCGCCCACGGCGCGCACCUGUCCUUCACGCUCUUCCGGCGCGUCCAGGAGCUGAUCGACGCGGGCCACGGCCGCUACGCGGCCGUCGACUACAUCUUCUUCACGGAGGCGGACCAGGUCCUGCGGGCCGCCCUGUCGCCCCGGGCGCUCGUCGCCGCGCUCGGCCGCCAGGUCUACGUCGUCCCGAACCGGCUCGAGGAGCCGUUCCCCGCGGGCACGAGCAAGGACUACGCCACGCCCCAGGGCCGCCGGCUCCGCUUCGGCCAGAACAUGUGCAACGGCGAGCUCGUCGCGACGUCCGACGGCCGCGCCGCGCCGGCGCCGCCGCACCACAUCUACCGCGCCGGCCGCCGGAACAGCGUGCGCCGGGGCGGCGGGGACCCGCUGCCGUGGCGGGGCGCCGACCGCCGGCCGCCCGUGUCGCGGGACGAGCUCGAGGGCGUCGUCCGGGCGGUGCGGGCCUUCGGCAGGGCGCCCUACGCCGGCUCCUCGCGGGAGCGCCGGCUGCGGUCAGCCGCGGAGGCCCUGGGGACGACGUUCGGCCGCUGCUGGGCCGUCGCCGAGAAGCGGGCCCAGGCCUGGUUCGCGCAGCGCGACGCCGUCAAGGCAGCGGACUUCGGCCGCGUCCGCCAGCCCCUCAAGGACCUGAGCCAGCUCUCCGAGGCCAUCGACGCGCUCAAGUGGUCGCCGGCCUGGCACGUCUGGGCGCUCGCCCCGGCGAACGCCAGCUUCAGCGUGUGCCACCGGUGCCGCGCGGCCGCGGCGUGCGCCUUCGAGGCGCCCGUCGCCCGGACGCGGCGCAACGCGACGGACCUCGUCGCCCUGCUCGCCCUGCCGCUGGACGAGGACCUCGAGCCGGCGCUCGUGCGGCGGUCGGUCUGCGCCGCGCGGAGGGCCUUCGGGGGCGUCGUCGUCGGCGUCUGCGACGGCGCCGACCUCAGGGCCCUGGACCUGCUGGACGACGCCGAGGACGGCGUUUUCGACGCGACGGCCCUGCCCGACGGCGUCUUCGUCGUGCCGCUCCCGUGCGCGGCGGCGCCGCGGGCCCAGACGUCCGCGCGGCACGUCGACCACGCGGCCGCGGCGCCGCUCGUGAAGUGGGCCCACGCGCAAGUCAAGGGCGACGCCGCGGCGUGGCGCGGCCUCUUCUUCGCGGCCGUCGGCGACGUCGUCGCCGUGCGCGACGUCGACGCGCUCGCGGCGGCCGCCGCGCCGACGACGUUCGUCGUGCCGCACCGCCUGCGCGACGGCGCCGCGAGGCACAACAAGCGGCCGCCCUGCGACGCGCGCGAGCGCGACUGGGUGACGCCGCUCGCCGACCCCGGCCGGGGCGACGCGCGGCGCGACCUGACGGCGUACCACGUCGUGCCCCGGUAA